AUGGGAACAUAUACCCACGACCUUCUAGAGGAUCUACUUGGUCAUGGAAUAUUUGCAGUUGAUGGGGAGAAAUGGAGAGAACAAAGGAAGACAUCGAGUCAUGAAUUCUCUACAAAAGUCUUGAGAAAUUUUAGCAGUGUGAUUUUCAGGAAGAAUGCCAUAAAACUUGGAAACAUAUUGAUAGAAGCAGCAGAGAACAACCAUAAAAUCGAUAUAUAUGAUUUGUUCAUGAAAGCAACUCUAGAUUCAAUAUUUAAAGUUUCUUUUGGAAUUGAUCUUGACAACAUAUGGGGUUCAAGCAAACAAGCUGUAAGAUUCAGUCGUGCAUUUGAUGACGCAAACACGUUGACAAGUCGAAGAUUUUUUGACAUGUCUUGGAAGAUCAAGAAGUAUUUUAAUAUUGGGUCCGAAGCAGAAUUAAAGAAAAAUAUGAAAGUUGUUGAUGAGUUUGUUUAUAACUUGAUCCAGAUCAAGACUGAACAAAUGCAUAACAUAACCGACUUUUUGAAGACCGAAUCGGGGAAUGAAGACAUCCUAUCGAGGUUUUUGCAGUCGAAAUAUAAAGACCCAAAGUACCUACGAGAUAUAAUACUUAACUAUGUACUUGCUGGUAAAGAUCCUAUAGGGAUUACUAUGUCUUGGUUUAUUUACUUGCUUUGCAAACAUCCAGAAAUUCAAGAGAAGGUUGCUAAGGAUAUCAAAGAAGCAACCAAAAUGAAAAAGGAAAUAAAAAAUGUUGUAGAUUUUGCGGCUUAUGUGAGUGAGGGUGCACUAAACAAAAUGCAAUAUCUUCAUGCAGCUUUAACAGAAACUAUCAGACUCUAUCCUGCUUUGCCAUUGGACCCAAAGAUAUGCUUUUCAGACGAUGUUCUGCCUGAUGGUUAUCAUGUGAAGAAAGGGGAUGUAGUAGCGUAUUUGCCAUAUGCAAUGGGAAGGAUGGAAUUCAUAUGGGGAGAUGAUGCAAAUGAGUAUAAACCAAAAAGAUGGCUUGAUGAAAAUGGCCAUUUCCAUCCAGAGAACCCCUUUAAAUUUACAGCUUUUCAGGCUGGACCACGGACUUGUUUGGGUCGAGAUUUCGCAUAUAUGCAGAUGAAAAUAUUUUCUUCUAUCUUGUUAGGUUGCUUUGUGUUCAAGUUAAGUGACGUAAAAUGGAUACCAAGGUACAGAACCUCAAUCAAUCUUCACAUCGAUGGUCCAUUGGAUAUUCGUGUUUUCAAGAGAUUUGGUUUAAACAAUUGUGAAAUUUAA